GGUCCCUAUCUACAAAUCCGUAAGCCUGGGUUUGAAUCUGCUUGGGCAGUGGGAGUGCACCUCACUCUGUUCAUCCUCCCUUUUUGGUGAGGCUAAUAAAUGGGUACCUGGGGAAAUGUGCGAAGGUAAAUUGUGGUAACCUGGAUGUCACACUGGCUCUGUGUCCUGGGGCAAAGGGUUCUUACCCACCCCAGGCUCAAGGGCCAAUGCAAUACAGAGGAGCACCAAGGCCAUGUGCAGCUAUAUAGCUUAUGCCCCCAACUUUACAUAAUUUUCAUAAGACAGUGGCUGAGGGAGUUUAAAGGCAAAGAUUGGUGCGGUGGAGCGUGAGGUCAGUGGUGUUGGUGGUGUUGGUGUUGGCAGUGUAUCUGGAUGGGGUGAGGGCCAAGGAAGCAGCAGUGGAGCAGCAGAAACAGCAGGCUGGAGGAAACAAAGAGUUGGGUGUGCUCACGCGGGUCAGGGAGAUCACCGGCCGAAUCACCAACACAAUGAAGGGCUACAUGAGGUGGUCUGGCCAUGACAAACCUGACUCAGGACCAAAAGGCAUGUUGGAGGAAGAGUUGGAAAGCGAGAUAUUGGAAAUUUUGGACUCCAGUGUAGAUGAAGAAAGAAAGAAGUCUCACACUUAUGGCAGAGAGAGAUUAGAAGACUCUCCCAUCACUGAAGACGCUCUCUGCACUAGUCAAGACAACCUCCCCAAUGUUGUAUCACCCAAAGGAGCCAAUGAUGAUGCUCUCAGCGAUGCUUUGUCUGACGCAGUAGAGUCCUCCUCCACUGAAGACACUCUCUGCACCAGCCAGGGCAACCUCCCCAAUGAUGUUCUCAGUGAUACUUUGUCUGACGCAGAAGAAUCCCCGAGGCAGGAAGGUGUGACUGAUAGUGACAAGAGCCUCCAGUCAAGACCAAGGGAGACACUGAAUGAUCAUCCUCAUCAUGACCUCUCUGCUGACCCUGCUCUGCCAACCUGUGACAAAGAUGAGACCUCUGGUAGUUGUAGCAGCUCUUCAUCAUAUAUCAGCCUUGACCCUCUCCCUGUUGCUGCUGAACUGUCUAAUGAUGUUGAGAUGGAAAUGGACCCAUCUUCUGUACCCGUGGAUUCAAGUGAAGGCAGGGCAUUGGAGGGUGUUAGGAUAGGUGAUGCUGUGAAUGGUGGUGCUGAUGUGGUUGAAGAGGAUAAGAUACCUAACACAGACAAUGCUGAUGACUCAGAAGAGGCAUUUAACUCCAUCUCAGCUGACCAUGAAGCAAUGCUGUCUGAUUCCACCAGCGACGAAGACACGGAUAUAGAUACUGACGGCGAAGGAGAUGCUCUGGAGGGUGAAGAUAAUGAUGAGAGUGAGGAUGACGAUGCAUUUAACCAAUCAGACGUUUACUCAGACUUAUCAGACACAGACGACAGCAGUGAUGGUGAAAUGCUGUAUGGGAACGAGGCAGAACUCAGCGAUCCGGAGUAUGGAAGCAGAAGUGAGGAGGCGUAUGACUCUGACACGCACUCAGAUGAGGAAGACAUAAAGGAAGAACCACCUGCUGAUGUUGAAGGGGAAGCUGAAGAUUGGAAAGGAGAAAAAAGUGACUCAGAGGCUGCCCUUCGGAGUCAGUUUACUGCUUGAUGUGCUUGUUGUUCUGUCUUGGGUUGAUGGAAAUAAUUUGACAACUAUGUGGAUGUGUCAUAAAAAGUUUGGUUUUAGGAUUUUAUUCCCUAUUUAUAGUUUAUUUAAGCUUGUUUUGUUUAUUUAUUAGAUAACCCAUUUGUAGUUCCACUUUAUGAAGGAUCUAAGUAUUUUGUGUCAAGGGUAUUUAUUGUUCCCUUACCAUUACAAAGUGUAAAUUUUUGCAUUGUAUAUAAAAAUUACUUGUGUACAUGGGAGGUAAUGUUAUAUUUUUCUCUCAAAUUUUCUUUCAUGGAACUUUCAGUUUUACAAGCACACAUUCCAUUACUUAUGCUUCUGACAGGGUGACUAGCCAUCAAAAUAAAGAAACUGAAAUAAA